CGUGCGUCAGUUGCGUUCCGACAGUGCGUGCGAUCAGAUCUCCUUCGGGGCCAACGAAACACAUAGUUAUAGAUUAUAUAUAUCGCCGAUAAUAUAUAGUUAUUUAUCCUAAAAGUGUGUGCCAAAUAAAUCAACCAAAAAUUCCCAUGCAAAUGAUGAGCGCUCGCUCGGUGUCGCCCAAAGUGCUGCUGGACAUUAGCUACAAGCCCACGCUGCCCAAUAUCAUGGAGCUGCAGCACAAUGUGAUUAAGCUCAUCCAGGUGGAGCAGCAGGCCUACAUGCAGUCCUCGGGCUAUCAGCAGCAUCAUCUGAACCAGCAGCAGCAGCAGCAUAAUCUCUCCCAGCAACAGCAACAUAGUCUCUCCCAGCAACCUCAGUACGCUCCCCUGCCCUCAGAGUAUGCGGCCUAUGGGCUCACGGAGCUGGAGGAUCAGGACUAUAAUAUACCCAGCAACGAGGUACUCAGCACCAGCAGCAAUCACAGUGCCCAGAGUAACAGCCUGGAGCUGAACAACAAUAACACCACCACCAACACCAGCAGCAGCAACAGCAACAGCAAUACGACUGCCAAUCCCACGGUUUUCGAGACCUCCGGCUCCUCCUGGAAUGAGCAUGGCAAGCGAGCCAGGAGCAGCGGGGACUAUGACUGCCAGACUGGAGGCUCCCUGGCCAUGCAGCCCGAACACAAGAAACUCAUCCAUCAGCAGCAGCAGCAGCAGCCACACCAGCAGCAGCAUCACAUCUAUGUGGAUUACCUGCCCACCACUGUGGACGAGGUGGCCUCGGCCCAAUCCUGUCCAGGCGUCCAGAGCACUUGCAACUCUCCGCACUCGCAUUUUGAUUUCCCCGACGAGGAACUGGCGGAGCACAAGUCCCAGAUCUUCCUACCGCUCUACAGCAACCAGCAACAACAGGCCCAGCAAGUGACCCAGCAACAGACCCAGCAGAGCCACUCCCAGAUGCACUUCCAGGCCGCCUACAGACAGAGCUUCGAGGGCUAUGAGCCGGCCAAUUCCCUGAAUGGCAGCGCCUAUUCCAGCUCGGAUAGGGAUGAUAUGGAGUAUGCCCGCCACACGGCUUUGAGUUCCGUCAAUGAUCUGAACGGAGGCGGUGUCAUGUCACCCGCCUGCCUGGCGGAUGAUGGAAGCGCCGGAAGUCUGCUGGACGGAUCAGAUGCCGGCGGUAAGGCCUUCCGGAAGCCGCGACGGCGGCUGAAGCGGAAGCCCAGCAAGACGGAGGAAACGGAUGAGUUUAGUAACCAGCGAGUGAUGGCCAAUGUCCGGGAACGACAACGUACUCAGAGUCUCAACGAUGCCUUCAAGGCGCUGCAGCAGAUCAUCCCGACGCUGCCCAGCGACAAGCUAAGCAAGAUUCAGACCUUAAAACUGGCCACAAGAUACAUUGACUUCCUGUGCCGCAUGCUCAGCUCGAGUGAUAUAUCCCUGCUGAAGGCAUUGGAGGCGCAGGGAUCUCCCUCGGGAUAUGGAUCGGCCGCCUCGCUACUGAGUGCCGCCGCCAAUGGAGCGGACGCCGAUCUCAAGUGCCUGAGGAAGGCCAAUGGAGCACCGAUCAUCCCGCCCGAGAAGCUGAGUUACCUGUUUGGGGUGUGGCGCAUGGAGGGCGAUGCCCAGCACCAGAAGGCAUAGCAGCGGAUCGGGCUCCUAUAUAGAUAUUAAGGAUCCAGGAGGGGCUUCCAGCUGCAACAAUCGUGUGAAUUCCAGAGCCCUAGCCGUGCUCACUCUUCAAUUCUCUGUCACUCUUUCCAUAUACGCAUAUGUGUCGAUUAGAUGUCUAAGCCUAAACUUACGAUAAAAGCCUAUUUAAUUACAUAGUCUAAACUAAAUUAAUUGUAAAGAAACAACACAAAAAAAAAAAGAAACGAUAAACAAAGUCAAGAAACAAAGAAAACGCCAUG